UCUCCUCUUCCUCCUACGCUUCUCUCCACCAAAUAAACCCCAAAAAGAGGAGGCAAGUUGGCCCGCGCGCGCGCGGGAGAGGGAGAGAGUGGGAAGGGUAGGGCUAGGGUUAGGGCUCCCUCGUCGCAGCUGUCGCGUGGGGCGCGAUGGCCGCCGCCGCCCCGCCGCCGUCGUCCCCGUCGCCCCCGCCGCAGCAGCGGCAGCCGCCGUUCCACGAGCUCGUCAGGGGAUCCUCCGGCCUCGACAAGGUCCUGCUCCGCGGCGCGCGCGGCUUCUCCGCUGAGGUUUAUCUUUAUGGAGGUCAAGUAACCUCAUGGAAGAAUGACCAUGGGGAGGAGUUGCUUUUUGUCAGCAGUAAGGCUAUUUUCAAACCUCCAAAAGCCAUUCGUGGUGGGAUACCCAUUUGCUUCCCUCAAUUUGGAACACAUGGAAAUCUUGAACAACAUGGAUUCGCUAGGAACCGAUUAUGGACUAUUGAUGAUAAUCCACCACCUUUACCAGUAAACCCUGCUAUUAAAGCUUUUGUUGAUCUGAUUCUCAAGCCUUCUGAUGAAGACUUAAAGAUCUGGCCUCACAGUUUUGAGUUCCGCUUGAGAGUUGCUCUUGGUCCUAAUGGGGAUUUGAGUCUCACUUCUCGGAUUAGGAAUACCAACACAGAUGGAAGAUCUUUCUCCUAUACAUUUGCAUAUCAUACAUACUUCUCUGUCUCUGACAUCAGUGAAGUGCGUGUUGAAGGGCUGGAAACAAUGGAUUACCUUGACAAUUUAAAGGGAAAGGAGCGUUUUACAGAACAAGGGGAUGCUAUUGUAUUUGAAUCAGAGAUUGAUAAAGUAUAUCUUGCUGCACCCUCAAAAAUUGCAAUUAUUGAUCACGAAAAGAAAAGAACAUUUGUCUUGACAAAAGAAGGACUUCCAGAUGCAGUUGUUUGGAACCCUUGGGACAAGAAGGCAAAAGCUAUGCAAGAUUUUGGAGAUGGAGAAUACAAACACAUGCUUUGUGUGGAGCCUGCUGCUGUUGAGAAGCCUAUAACUCUGAAGCCAGGCGAAGAGUGGAAAGGAAGGCUUGCACUCUCAGCUGUUCCUUCCAGUUACUGUAGUGGGCAGUUAGAUCCGUUGAAGGUUCUUCAAGGUUGAGAAUUCUCAUUUUCUGCGUCUUGUACAGGAGCACCUCAUUGCCCUUAAUAUUUGAUGCUGGGCUGGCGCGACCUCUGCGACCUUUCUUUUUUUUUUGCCAUUUUAAAUAUCCCGUGCUUCGUUCUUUUUGUACCUAGCAAGUGAGUAGUAUGAUACCUCCGAAUAACAAACCGUGCCACCUGCUUUGACCACUAGAGCAGAUCAUCUCUUCAGUGAAUGUAUUUGACCAGUGUACACCAGGGUCCGUGUCCAAGUAGUUUGAUAUGAUUCAUCGGUCACUCUGGGAAAUGUUUGCCAUGCUGGAUGAAGUCCGUAGCAUUUGAGCAUUGAGUUGCAUAUUGGUUUGGUGGGAUCAGGCGUGUGGUACCGUGCUUCAGAGUCCUAGUUCUUGUCUUGUGUUCCGGAUGCCUCUAAUGUUUGAUGUCAGGUGCAGCUAGUAAUAUGUUCCAUCAAUACAUGAGAAUGAGCAUCGCCUUUGGUAGGCCCAGUUUGGAUCAAGCAUAUUUUUCGCAUGAGUUUUUGCGGAGAAAAUUCUUGCAGUUUGCUAUGAAGUUCUUAUGUUACCAGAAGGAUGCAGCUGAUUAAGAAAAUCGCGAGCCAUCAGUGAUCGGGAGUUUGCAUUAUGUCUUAUGUAAAGAAUGAAAUGGUUGAAUAACAUGCUUAUAUUUUGUUGUUUCUGUAGGUGUAUAAAGUAUGAUGAACCUAUUAGUCAUCUCCAAUAUCUUGGAUUGCCAAUUUGCCAUACAAUUAGCCUGAGUUGGUAGACGUCUUGGUAGACGGCUUCAGGCGUCAGGAUGUUGUUAACUGCUAUACACGUUUAUCUGAUGCACG